AUGUUACCACAAGAGUUUUGUAAAAUUCCAAUCCAUGGUGAGAAUUCCCAUAUGGUUCUUUCAUUGAUCAUUGUUUCAGAUACGGAGGCAAAACUUGCUCUCAGCGCUCAAGAUUCGCCUGCUUUCUUCCACUCUGCAAGUAUUACAGGGUCAAUUUUCAAGAAUUCUUUGGAAGAGGCGAGAGAAAUUAUUUCGGUUGGAAGUGCUGGAAAGUUGGUUGUUAUGAGACAGAAUCAUGAGAUGGUUAAUUUGUGUAAGAAGGAAGAUCAGGAAUGUAAAAUUACAUUUUUCAAGCAAAACGAAUCGAUUCAGAAUGCAAUGGAAUAUGUUGUUAGAAACUUGACGAAACCGUAUUUGAACUCUGAUUGGAUUUUGAUUAUGAAGUGUGCAGGUACUGAUAUGGGGUAUGAUAGUAUUCAUUGGACAACUGGAUCAACUUUGAACAGUGAUAAAAGAAAUGAUCUGUUCGAAGGACUUUCGGCUAAAUAUCCAGAAUUCAAUUUGAUGCAAGUCAAUGAAUUACUAUUGGUAACUCCAAAUGGACAAGCUCAUCUAGUUCUCAAAGAAGCAAAAACCAUGCUAGAACGUUUCCAAUCCAACAAGACAGAAAUUGCCCAUUUAAGGAAAGGUCAAGAUCCUCUAUCUUUGGCAAGUGGCUUUGAAAUGGCCAAUUUUAUGGUUCCAAAGUCUCCUUAUUGGAAAAUCAAUGCAUAUUCCAACAAAUAUCCCGAAACUUUCAAAGCAAGAAUCGGAGGUUUCUUUUCCUAUCAAUGGAAUAGCUCCGAUUACGGAGUUGAUACUCUAAACUUUCCAGGAAGUGCAGAAAUCGCAGGAAUUGGCAUUACAGACAAAGUUUUUAACCCAUUCUGUCCUGCCAGAAGCUUUGGAGUGAGACAAGCUCACGACAGUGACUCCUUGCCAAGUGGCGGACAAACCAGUGGAGAAGUUCACAUUUAUGCAAGAUUGGUUAAUCAAUAA